AUGGGCAAUGAUAAUCUGACGAGGGCAAUGCUGGUCGCUCUCUUCGAAAGAGCCUAUGACAGACAAUUCGUGAUAGAACUAGAGAACUCGUUGAUCUCUUUUAUCGAUUCCGGAUUGAAUUCGUACCAAUUGGAAUCGAUGAACUCGUAUUACAGGCUGUUAGCACAUCAAGUGGCGGAAUACCAUGGUCUUAAACACGCCUUGGCUAAAAAUAACGACACUUGUGUGGUGGUUUUCAAGGGAGAGGAGACCUUUGUGCGAGAUUCUGGGAAGAUUUUAUUGCAGAAUCUUGAUCCACCACACGGAUCUCUUGAAAAUUGGUCGUCAUACCCGACUGAGCUAUUCAAGACUAAGUCUCCGCACUCCGUAGCCCACAAAAAUUCGAGCCUUCAGCCUCAAGAUCAGAGUUGGGAAUCCCAAAACACAACUCCUAACGACAAUCUCCCAACGACCCCUCAAAAGCCAAUUGCGAUGGAUGACGACUCACCGCAGCCACAUCAAUUCGAGACCUCAAGGUAUAAAUUCAGUCAACAAUCCCAAAAGCCCAGAAAACGAAAGUUUAUUAGAAGAUCGGUUUCAUACGCGGCACCUCCAUUUUAUUAUCAGCCCCCACCUUUAGCUCCACCAACGUAUCCAAUGUCCUACAUGAUAUACAAUCCUUAUCCAAUGAUGUAUAUCCCACAAGAUCACCGCUUUCCACAAUAUCAACCGGAUCUCCAUUCCAUGGGCAUGAAUCAGUUCAACUAUGGCCCGAUUUCGGAAGUUCAAGCUUUUCAAUCAUCUGCAAGUGGGAGUAGUGUUUUCUCUAGUAAGAGGCCAGAGCCAGAGCAUAAUCAAUCUUUCGAAUCGGCAAGUUUGAGCGAAAGACAAGACUCAAGUGAAGCUCAAACGGAUAUUGAAUCGUCAAUGAAUAAGAUCAGCAGUAAUUUGGAGAGGCUCGAGAUAUAG